AUGUCCGGUAGAGACCUGAGAGCCACAGACAGGGUCCAGGCGCCAAGUGGUCGAGCUCCAGCGCGACCCCGUCGUCUGCCGCAUCUGCGACAGGAGCUCCUACUAUCAUAUCGGCAUGCGGGUCGCCAGCCUGCGGACGACCUGCUUGAGGCCCAGCUGCAGCGCUGGCGCGAGAUCGUGAAGAUGUUGGGCAACCUGGGCGUCGCGCGCAUGCAGGCCUCCAUCUUCCCGCGCACGCUGUCGGCGGCGGAGCACGCCAUGUGGCUUGGCGGGCUGUCCUCAGCGGGUGCCUACAAGGAGUGGGCGGACAGCUUCCGCGCCACCGCCGACGUGCCCGUCGCCAAGCGGGGCCGAGCCGGGGGCACGUGGCGCCGGGCCGCCACCGCCAGAGGCGGCUUCGACGCUGCGCCGCCGCCGGGCAUGGCGCCACCAGCGACUCCGGCGCACAGCCCGCCGUCGGGGGGCAGGUCCGAGGUGGAGGACUUCAUCCAGAAGAACCCCGCGCUCGACGCCCGGGCGGCGGACGCGCUGCGGCAGGAGGCCCCGGACAUCCAGCGCGCGGUCAUACAGCGCGACGACCAGGGGCCCCUUGCCAACUGCGACAACCCGAGCGCCAUCCUGAUGUCCCGGAUAAAGAAGGCCAAGGAGGCUCUUCCCUUCCGAGCCAGGUGCGGCGCCUGA